GUGGUGUAUAAAUACAUGGCUCCAAGCAAGUUAAAGCAAGCCAUUGGGGCAGUGAAGGACAGGACAAGCAUUGGGCUAGCGAAAGUGGGCAACAGUAACUCACUUUCGGACCUUGAAGUGGCGAUUGUGAAGGCAACAAGACAUGAAGAGUGCCCGGCUGAGGAAAAAUACAUAAGAGAAAUACUUAGCUUAACUUCAUAUUCUCGUGCUUACAUUAGUGCAUGUGUGAGCUUAAUCUCCAAACGCUUAAACAAGACGAAAAAUUGGACAGUUGCAUUAAAGACACUUAUGUUGAUCCAACGCCUACUUGCUGACGGUGAUCCUGCAUAUGAGCAAGAGAUUUUCUUCUCAACUAGGCGUGGGACUCGACUUCUCAACAUGUCAGAUUUCAGAGACACCUCACAUUCUAAUUCAUGGGAUUUCUCAGCAUUUGUUCGCACUUAUGCCUUGUAUCUCGAUGAACGACUAGAGUUCAGGAUGCAAGGUCGACGUGGGAAGCGUAGCAAGUUUGGAAUUGAUGAAGAUGAAGAAGAAGUUGGGUCAUCCUAUGCAAAGUCAACACCAGUUCGUGACAUGAAAACUGAAAAUCUAUUUUCAAGGGUUCAUCAUAUGCAACAAGUCUUAGAACGCUUUUUAGCUUGCCGCCCAACAGGUUCAGCAAAGAGCAACAGGGUGGUAAUUGUUGCUCUGUACCCCGUGGUGAAAGAAAGUUUUCAGUUAUAUUACGACAUGACAGAAAUAUUGGGUAUCCUGAUAGACCGUUUCAUGGAGCUAGACGUUAAUGAUUCCGUUAAGGUGCAUGAGAUCUUUUGUCGUAUCUCAAAACAGUAUGAUGAGCUUGAUAUGUUAUACAGCUGGUGCAAAAGUGUUGGAAUUGCACGCACUUCUGAGUAUCCUGAAGUUGAGAAAAUAACACCCAAAAAGCUUGAACUAAUGGAUGAGUUUAUACGUGACAAGUCUGCAUUGGCACAAAACAAAAAGCCAGUAAGUCCAGAAUUGAAGAAACAGGAACCAGAAGAAGAAGAUGAAAGGGAAGCCGAAACAACAACAGAAGAAAAAGAAAGCCUGGAUACUAUGAAAGCUCUACCACCACCAGAGGGUUUCUUCUGUGAGUUCCCAGAUGAAUCAGAAAAACCAAAAGAAAAAGAACAAGAGACUGUGAAAGAAGAGAUAAAAACACCACAAUUAGAAGCUGACCUGUUGAACUUAGCAGACGAUUCCGUAACAACAGAAGAACACGGUGAUAAAUUGGCUUUAGCGUUAUUUGAUGGAAAUGCACCCGUUGGUCCUGCACCAACUCCAGGAUGGAAUGCCUUCAAAGAGGAUACAGCAGAUUGGGAAACAGCUUUGGUUCAAUCAGCAAGCAUGUUUUCGCAACAACAGGCCUCACUUGGGGGUGGCUUCGAUAUGUUAUUAUUGGAUGGAUUGUACCAACAAAGUACAGCUGCGGCCGCAAUGGCUGCUAAUCCAGCAACAGGAAGUUCAAGUAGUGUUGCACUUGGGUCAAUAGGAAGGCCAGCAACGUUGGCAUUGCCCGCACCUCCAUCAACAACGCAAAGUACAAUAAAUAAUGAAGACCCAUUUGCAGCGUCAAAUGCGGUGGCACCACCACCAUACGUACAAAUGUCAGAUCUAGAAAAGAAGCAAAAGCUUCUGGUGGAAGAACAGCUAAUGUGGCAACAUUAUGCAAGGGAUGGGAUGCAAGGACACAUUGGGAUGGCUAAAUUACAAUCCAAUUCUUACAACAUGGGAGGUUAUACAUCGGGCUAUUAACUAAUCAAACAAUUACGUAGGGUUUCACGUGCUUAGUUUCUCUCUCUCUCUCUUUUUUCUUUUUUGGUGAGGACUUCAAGAUGCACCAAAAAGUAUUUAAAAAAUUGAAACAUUUAUAGUUUUUGAACCGCUAGUAGGCAAAGUGCAUGUGUUUGGUAGGAGAAGAGCAGGUGUUGAUUACAAACCUGAUAUCGAUAUUUUGUAUAUGCAUUAAGUAUAUAGUGUCUGUACCUUUAAAAUAUACCAAAAAUCCAUAUGCUAAACUCUCUACUGCCUUGAAAAUCUUUCAGUUUAUAUGA